AUGUCUGGCAUUACGGAAACCGGAGAGAACCAGACUCUGCAGCAUUUGGAGGAAAAGCCUGUGAGCUUGAAGCAUUUUAUUGAGCAGGCCAAGGAUCUCGUCUCAUCCGACGUCGGACCACCUCACUGGUUCUCGCCUUUAGACUGCGGUCACCCCUUGCAAGACUCCCCUCUGCUUCUCUUUUUGCCGGGUAUUGAUGGCACUGGUCUCGGGCUUAUAAAGCAUCAUCAGAAACUCGGAAAGAUUUUUGAGGUCCUGUGCUUGCAUAUUCCUCCCACGGAUCGAACACCAUUUACAGACUUAGUGAAGCUGGUUGAGAGAAAAAUUUGCUCCGAGCAUCAUCGCUCACCUAAUAGACCAAUAUAUCUUGUUGGAGAGUCUCUUGGAGCAUGCCUUGCACUGUCUGUGGCAUCCCUUAACCCUGAUAUCGACCUUGUUCUACUAUUAGCAAACCCUGCAACAUCCUUCAGCAGGUCACCACUUCGACCCAUACUACCAUUACUGCAGCUCAUGCCUAACUUAUUAACCAAUCUUGGUCUUCCUCAUGUACUGAAUUCAAUGGCAGGUUUGCUUUGCGUGAAUCAUUUACUUGUACUUCGUGUUCGGAAAUAUGAUACUGAAAAGGGAAAUUUUAUCACAACAACAGUUGAACAGAAAAGUGGUUUUCAUUUGUCUAGGGAGCCAACUGAUAUAAGAUGCCAUCGAGUUUAUUCCAAAUUUGUUAUAUUAAUAAAACUGGUUCUUGCUGAUAUCUUGCCCAUAGAAACACUUCUGUGGAAGCUACAGAUGAUCAAUUCAGCUUCAUCGUAUGCCAAUUCACGCCUCCAUGCUGUAAAAGCUCAAACCCUGAUCCUUUCCAGUGGAAGGGAUCCGUUGCUACCUAGCCAAGAGGAAGGUCUGAGGCUCCGACAGAUGCUUGCAUAUUGUGAGUUCCGUACGUUUGAAGACUGCGGCCAUUUCUUGUUCUUGGAAGAUUCUUUUGAUUUGGCAACUGUCAUCAAGCAGGUUGGUAUCUAUCGUCGUUCAAAAGAACACGAUUUUGUUUCAGACUACAUUGCACCGUCACCUUCGGAAUUAAAAAGUUUCCAGGACAAAUACAGAUGGAUUAACAUCAUGAACCCAGUGAUACUCUCAACUUUAGGAGAUGGGAAGUUAGUGAGGGGUUUUGCUGGUAUUCCUUCAGAGGGUCCAGUAUUGUAUGUCGGUAAUCACAUGUUACUGGGAUUUGAUAUCAUUCCGUUGAUGACACAGUUUUCGGAACUUAAUGACAUCAUUCUGAAAGGAUUAGCACAUCCAAUGAUGUUUAUGAAACAACAAAAGUUUGACGCACCAUUUACCGAUGAUAUGAGACUUAUGGGUGCUGUUCCUGUCUCCGGAAAAUAUUUUUUCAAGCUGCUCUCUAAUAAGUCUCAUAUCCUACUCUAUCCUGGUGGAGUGCGUGAGGCUCUUCACAGGAAGGGGGAAGCAUAUAAGCUAUUUUGGCCCGAACAGUCAGAGUUUGUGAGGAUGGCAGCUAGAUUUGGAGCCAAAAUCAUACCAUUUGGUGCUGUUGGAGAAGAUGACUGGAGUGAAUUAAUAUUCGAUUAUGAAGAUCAGAUGAAAGUUCCAUUCCUCAGGAAGUAUAUAGAUGAAAUAUCAAAUGAAUCUGGAAAACUGAGGGCUACCAUUGAUGGGGAAGAAGGAAAUCAAGCUGUGUACUUCCCUGUCCUUCUACCAAAAUUUCCUGGCCGGUUUUACUAUCGUUUUGGGAAACCAAUUGAAACAGAAGGGAUAAAGGAGGAAUUAAGAGACAGGAAUAAAACUCAUGAACUGUAUCUACAAGUGAAAUCAGAAGUUGAGAGCUGCAUGGCUUACCUGCAGGAAAAAAGAGAGAGUGAUCCUUACAGAAGCCUUGCAUCUCGGCUGGUAUUCCACGCAAGACAUGGCUUUACGUCUCAAGUUCCCACAUUCGACAUUGAGUAA